AUGGUCUUGAACGGCAUGCCCAUCAAUAUGCCUGUAGCCAUACCAGUUCCCAUGCCCGUGCCCAGUCCUCCGGCCACCAAAUCCCGCCUGGCCCUCGACUGGGACAUCAACGACUCCAAGAUGCCGUCGGUGGGGGAGUUCGACGAGUUCAGCGACUGGGCCAACGGACACUGCCGGCUCAUCUACUCCAUCCAGAGCGAUGAGGCCAGGAAACAUGCCAGCGGUUGGGCCAUGCGCAACACCAAUAACCACAAUGUAAACAUCCUGAAGAAGAGCUGCCUGGGAGUGCUCCUCUGCAGUGCCAAGUGCAAGUUGCCCAAUGGAGCCAGUGUUCACCUGAGACCCGCCAUUUGCGACAAGGCCAGGAGGAAGCAGCAGGGCAAACAGUGUCCCAAUAGAAAUUGCAAUGGGCGCUUGGAGAUCCAAGCCUGCCGCGGCCACUGCGGCUACCCAGUUACACACUUCUGGAGGAGGGAUGGAAAUGGCAUCUAUUUCCAGGCCAAGGGAACACAUGAUCACCCCAGACCCGAGGCCAAGGGAUCCACGGAGGCCAGACGCCUGUUGGCCGGAGGAAGACGUGUGCGCAGUCUGGCCGUGAUGUUGGCCAGGGAAUCGGCUCUUAGCGAUAAGUUGAGCAGCCUGAGGCCCACAAAACGACAGGCCAAGAUGCAGCCAAUGCAGGAGAGCAAACGCAGGAGAGUGGGUGACCCCGAGGUGACCCAAACCAACCAGGAGUUGAUGGGAGCAACCGGCUAUCUGCCCACAUCGACGCCCACACACAGCACUAGCUACAAUCAAACUCAGGGAUUAUAUGGCUCGACAGGAUCGGGACAAGGAUCUGUGGCCAGUCAGUGGAACGGAGAGGUCUACUACGAGCCGGAGGGUUCGUCCUAUGCCAAUGGAAUGUACGCCUACGAUAUGCUCCACUCGCCCCUCUCUGCGCACAGCUCUACGGGCAGCUUUUACCAGGAGAACCUCCCGCAGCAAGUGCCACAUCCUCAUCCGCAGCAGCAGCAACUAUCCCCGCAGCAACAUAUGCCAGCCAGCUACGAUCAGCCGAUCCCCUCGAGCUUCCAGUGCGGAAUGCCCCUGUACGAGAGCUGCGAUGACACCUCCAGUCUGACCAGCAGUUCGGGCUACAGCUCCGAGGACUACAGCUACUUCAAUGGAUAUCUGCCCAACUCUCUGGACGUGAGCAAUGUCAGCCAGAGCCAAAAUCCCAGCCAGGAGGGAGGUUUGUACACCACCAGCUCGGAGAUCUUCAGUGUGUUCGAAUCGACACUGAACGGAGGAGGAGGAGGUGCCAGCGCAAUGGAUCUCCUCUAUGAGGGAGCCACAGCCUACAGCCACAAUCAACAGCCACAGGAGCAGACCAGCUUCCUGCCCCUCGCCAGCUAUCAACAGGAGCCGCAGGAUCAGCUCCAGUCCGCCGAUUACUUCUACAGCAACUCGGGAGUGGACAACGGAUGGAACAUCCAAAUGGACCCGACAUAUCACCCAGCCACCAGCACGGAUCCCGUCUACUGCUAGGUGGAAUCGGGUUGAUGGGGGGUGUUGCCCCCCAAGGAUCUCUCAUCGCAACUACUAUUACUGAGCCACUCAAGCGUUGUUCUAGUCCCUAGUUGAU